CCCGUCCGCAUACAAUAAUUUGCGAAAAGAAGAAAAUAUCUGUCACAAAUAAAAGUUUCUCCAUAUCUGAUAACAUAAACGAGACAGUCAGUCACAUGAUGUUAUGCUCUUCUCCAACUCUCCUUCGUCUUAUCCCCACCACCCACCACCCGCCGCCGCUCCAGCAAAUCUGGGGAGUGGGGCGGCGGAGAGCUAUUUCGGUGGUGACACGCGCGGGGCCCAGCACCACCAGCUACAUAUUUGCCUUCAUUUUUCCAUUAUCUCUUCUGGCCGUCACAACUAUCACAUCUAUAAGAAUGGCUGACAAGCUCGACCAGAAGUUUCUCGAAGAGCUUGCAGUAAACCAAGCAAUACUGGAAGCAGAGGAAGGUGAAGAGAAGGAAGAUGAAGUCUCCGUCUCUUCCGAAGAGGAAGAAGCGAAGCCGGUUCGCAGGCGCAAUCGCCCCAAACGACAAGCAGAGCCGUCGUCUAUACAGUAGGCCGUGGCACAAGAGAUGUGAACCGUUGUUGUUGUAAUACUUCUUUUUGGUUUCUAUGUCUGUCUUUUAAUUUAUGUUAAGAGGGACAGGAUUACACAAGAUAAUUCACACUUCUCCAUGUAAGUUAUGCAGCUAUUAUACAGAGAGAAGCAAAUUUCAAACCUA